AUGUCGCUCGGUCAGCACCACGCCUGGCUCCCACCGGGGCAUCUUCGACCCCCCGAUGACCCUCAUUCCGAUGCGCGGGCUGUCAAUGGUUUUUCCAAAGCCUCGUCCGCUCCCCGUACCCCUCAGAUGCGCGGCUCCGCCGGCGCGGAAGGGUCGCAGACUGGGAAUCUGAUAUCCGAUGCUGAUACCGCCGCGGAGGAAGAUCCACGCAUCACCCUCUUUCGCGAUCUCUACAAGCGCAGCGAGGCGAAGAUUAGCGCCCUUUUCAGCAAUGACAAAACCGUCCGUGAGCCCUCCGGUCCCGAUGCCAUGGCCGUCGAGCCCCCCGAUGGCAACGCGGCGCGUCCUGAAGACCAAGCGCGGCCCCCGAAAAAACCUGCCAGGAAGAUAGAUGAUGACGACUAUGAUGAAUACGACGACGAAGAAGGCAGCGAGGCUGCUGACGACUCGGCCGCAUCUCCGCUCAAGGCCAAGUCCGCCGCUCCUCCCGUUCGAGAUCCGUCGCCAGGGCAGCGUCCCAUGACCGCGACAGCGACUCCCGACGGCGCAAAAGAGACGAAAAAGGAGACGGCGGAGGAUAUUCGAAAGAAACUGGAGGAGGACAAGAAGGCGACUGAGGAGGCUGCGAGGAGGAGCUUCCAGACGAUGUUCUACACCCUGGAAAAUGACCGGGACGCGAUGCUGGACCAGCAGCGGCUCGAGGAGUCGGAGCGGCUCGUCGAGGCGGAGAUGUCGGGGCAAAAUGCUGCCAACAACUCCAGCUCCGGCACCAACGGCUACGGCUCCUUGAGUAAUGCCAACCUCGGCGCCUCCAGCUUGACCCUGAAGAACCUCAUUGCUCGGAUCGAUAUGAAGCGGAACAUGGUGCAAGCUUCUGACGCGGAGCUCCGGAGCUUGAUGAGCGAAGUUCGCAAGAAUCGAAGCAAAUGGGCAAGUGAGGAUAAAAUCGGUCAAGAAGAGCUCUACGAAGCGGCAGAGAAAGUGUUGAGCGAACUCAAGGCGAUGACGGAGCACUCGACCGCUUUCCUUACGAGGGUUAACAAACGAGACGCUCCGGACUAUUAUAAUGUCAUCAAGCAUCCUAUGGAUCUCGGGACGAUGACGAAGAAACUCAAGGCCUUGCAAUACAAGUCGAAGCAGGAGUUCGUCGACGAUCUCAAUCUUAUCUGGUCAAAUUGCCUGAAAUACAACACGAACCCCGACCAUUUCCUCCGCAAACAUGCAUUGUUCAUGAGGAAAGAAACCGAGAAGCUCGUUCCCUUGAUCCCGGAUAUCGUCAUCAGAGAUCGCGCGGAAGUAGAAGCGGAGGAACGCCGUAUGCAGCUUGCCGAGAUGGAUGGAGCAGAGGAAAGCGAUGAUGAGCCCAUCAUGUCAUCUCGAGGCAGGAAGGCUCCCGGGAAAACAUCCAAGAAGGGAGCUGCUCCUGCCCGUCAGACACCAACUGGAUCUGAAGGCCCAUCUGGAUCUUCAGGUGCUCAAGUGAAGACUGGCGCUUCCGCCGACCCAGAUGCUCCGACGGAGGGAAGUCAAAAUGGGCUUUCAACUCCACCCGCUGGGACUUCGACUCCUGUCGGCGCGAACGGAGCUGGUGCUGGCGCCCCUGGUAGUCAGGUCGAUGCAAUGGAAGUCGACGGUUUCAGCGCCCCGAAUCCUGCUCCGGGCGCCAUGUCUGCCUUGGGUGUCGACGUUGAAGACCCCGAGUAUCAGGUGUGGAAACAGGUUACCAAGAAAGAUCGUGCCCUCAUCGCAGCAGAGAGACAUCGUCUAUUUAAAGGGGAUAAACUAAAUCCGGACGAACCAGCGUUGCUUCGAACAAAAGCUGGCAUGCGGAGAUGGCUAAAGAACCAGAAGCAAAUGGUGUCUGAGGCCGAUAAGACCCAUGAGUCCAAUACGCAAGCCAUGCAACCAGAUGGCGGUGGCGAGACCCUUGCACAAGGCAUCGAGGAGGAAGAGGACAGGGUCAUUCCAGACUACUAUGAUGUGAUGUCUGGUAUUCCCGAUAUUCCGGAGCAUUUACUGUGGCGGGAGGACGCUGAAGGCAAUGUCGUGGAUAACUCGGAACAGUUCUUGCGAAUUCUUCCCAAGGGUUUAUUCACUCAGCCCGAUAGUAAGCUCUCGCGGAAAAUGGAUGCAAAUAUGCGGCAGAUGCAGGAGACUCGAAAGGUCUGCUCAAAGAUCGGUAUUGUGAAACAAAUGCAGCUACAAUCUCAGAUGUAUCAAAAUCAAUUUCCAAAGUAUCAGCCCGAGCCAUUUGUGGAACAGGAUGUACCCACCCACGUCAUGAAUGAUGAAGGGCCUGUGAUAAGUCCUUGGGUAUGCAAGGCUGCACUGCAACGGUCGGUUGCGAAGAUUCUCUAUCACACUGGUUUUGAGGAAUACCAGCCCUCCGCUUUAGACGCGAUCACAGAUAUUGCCUCCGAAUUCUUCAAGAAGAUCGGUCAGACGAUGAAGACGUACAUGGAAGCUCCCAAGGUCCUUGUCCCCGGAUCUCGGGAAGCGGGUGCGCCUAAGUACAAGCCUGCAUACACCCAACAACAAAUCAUUCUUCACACGCUCGCCUCUGUGGGAAUGGAUGUCGAAUCCUUGGAGUCCUACAUCAAAGAUGAUGUGGAACGACUUGGGACGAAGCUUAGUGUUGUUCACGAACGCUUGAGAGCUCACCUGGCAGAACUUCUUCGACCUGCAUUCAACGAUACCAGUGGGGAUGGCUCCAGCAUGUUCAACGAUGGGAGCGAGCAAUUCAUCGGCGGCGAUUUUGCCGAGGAUAUCGAUGAAGACUUCUUCGGCUUUAAGGAACUCGGGUUGGACAAAGAAUUCGGUCUCGCUAGUCUUAGCGUGCCCUUUCACCUCCUUCAAAACAGGAUGUUCAAUGCUCACCAAGCACAGAACCCAAAUGCCGCUCAAGCAGCAAACACACUCUUUCCCCCGCCUCCUCCUUAUCCUCGCAUCUCAUUACAAACGUUACCGCAUCAGAUUGGGUUGGUUCAGAACUUCUUCCGGGAGAAGUUGCGUGCCAAUAACGAUGAACCUCUUGUUGAGGAUCUCGAGCUGCCGCCAAAGCAACGUCCGACAGCUGCACGGCCGCGUCUUCCAGCGUCAGGCAAAAUUCCUCCUCCGACUGGUCCAGGUGGUGUCACGACCAGUCCUCAAAAGCGCCCGUUCCCUCCUACUGCCUCCCAGUCGUCUUCCGUCAAACCAGGCACUGCUGCUUCAGAGCCAAGCAAGAAGAAAGUCAAGAAGAACAGUGGAGCUGCAAUGGAUGCUUCGGGAUCGAACGCCGACGGUGCUGGAGAUGGUGUCGUGAAUACGUCUACAGCAGACUCCCAAGUUCCUGCAGACAACCAGCCCGGAGAGGCGCUGAAAACCGAUGUCUCUGCUCCUAACGAGAACUCUACAGCUGCAGCAACCGAAGUUGGCAAUGCGAAGAAUGGCAUCGACAAUUCCGCUGGGUCAGAUAUUCUUGAUGGAGAGGGCGGUGGUGCGGUCGCUGGCGACGUCGAUGCACACCAGAAUAAAGCUAAUGGCACGACCACCCCUCACUUAACGGAAACAUUGACGAUUCUAACUUGUCUACCGAUGCAGUGA